AUGGCGCCGGGAGUCGCUCAGGAAACGGCUCCCUUCCACCUCACGGACGUUGACCGCCAGGUUCUCUCGCAGACCGACGAGGAGUUCCUCUACCACGACUGGGAGAACAUCAAGGAGAUUAUCGCUCGCAACGACCUCGCUGCGUUCAAGCGGAAACCCUCAGACCUUAUCCGCUACAUUGACUGGACGCGAGGUAUUAAAGCUCAAUAUGGCACUAUUACAAACUACAUCUGCCAGCGCCGAUUGAAAUGGACCAUUCCGCCAGAAACCGUACCGAAUAGUACAGUUACUGGUGCUGCUCCUACCCCAGCCGUGGCCGGUGAUAGCUGCCCCGUCUUCCCCUUCAAAAACCCCAUUCCUUUCGCCGACCCGGCAGACUACAAGAUCCUGCGCAACGACUGGCCGUACGGCGUUACGCCGGACAUCUCUCAUCUCGUGGUCUGGCUGCGGACACCCGUGCCCGUCAAGGAGAACGGGGGCGAUGUGACGGACGAUUCGCGUGCCUGCAUCGAGGCCUUCGUCCAGCGGACGUUUGUCGAUCGACUGGCGAGGGAGAAGGAGUGUUUCGCCAACCCGGCCGAGCAUGUUGUGUGGUUCAAGAACUGGACCGCCCUGCAGAGCGUCAGGGCGCUCGAACACGUCCACAUCCUGCUGCGUGAUGUGCCAGAGCAUAUCUUGGUAGAGUGGACGGGAGAGAAACCUCAAGAGACGCGUAUAGAGGAGCCAUAG